AUGGGCUUUGGGUCCAGCUGCCACCAGACCCAUCCUCUGCCUCCUCCAGCCCUUCCUGCCAGCACCCCGCUGAGCGUGCAGCUUUGGAGAGCUUUUGAGGUGCCACUCACGCCGCUGUCCUCGGGGCACGGCGGGAAGUGGGGCGAGGAUGUGCGGCGCGCUCCGCUCGCUCCCCGCCCGGUGCGGGGCCGUGCGCGCGUGCGCGCGGGGCGGCGGGAGCGCGCGCGGGGCGGGCGGCGUUCCGGCGGGGGUCUCGCGCCGCCGUCCCAUUCAUGCGGGGCAGCGGCGGCGGCGCGAGCGGGGCGGGAGCGGGGUCCCGCGCGGCGGCGGGAGGCGGCGGCGGCGGAGAAGGACGAGGAGCAGCAGCGGCGGCGGUGGGAGGAGGAGGCGGCGGCGGCGGCGGAGGGGGCCCGUCGGGCGGCGCGGUGUGGAAUGCGAUUAUGGCUGGCACGGCGGAGGCGAGCGGGGAGCGGAGCCGGCUGACCGGACUGGCUGUGCCCACGAUACC